AUGGCUCCCAGCAGAAAGGCUGCCACCACCGCCGAAGUAGCUUUGGUGCCCAUCAAGUCGUGUCUCGUGAAUUUGCCAACUCCGGUAGUUUCAUUGCUGGUUAACGCUAAUGCAGCCGCUCAAAAUGUCAUCGUGGAAUUGCAGUAUAGGUCGUCGAAUUCGCAGUCUGCCGCCCAGCGGUCGUCAUACCUAGGAUGGACGGGAAUGCCUAGUAAGCGGAAGCUGGCGCCUGUGGUCAGUAGAGAUGGUAUCAAUUCCAACUCAUCAGCUAGGGAGCAAGAGAUUCCAAUUAUCGAAAUUGACACCACCUUUGGAAGGGUUUUGGGAUUGAAUGAGGGUCAAAAAGUUGGACUAUAUCUCCAUCUUGAUAACCCAAUUGCGCAAACUGUGAAUAUUGAGCCACUGACACCGGCCGAUUGGGAAAGCUUGCCAGUCAUCGAACUACACGCUUCGUUCCUUGAAUUAAACUUGCUGCACCAAAUCCGCGCUCUACCGAAUCCCGGCUACACAACUCCAGGUUCGGUACCCACAAGUCAUUUGCACCCGCUCACACUACACCUUUCUCCAACUUCCACGGCGAAUAUAACUGUCACCUCACUCACCCCUUCUCCUCCUUCGACGUCGCCUUUUGCUAAAAUUUCCCCGGAUGCUGAAGUCAUUGUGGCGCCGAAAGUUCGCCCGAAAUCGGGUAAAGCCAAUAGAGGAGAAAACCGAAGUACGACAAGCAACAGUCGUAAGAGUGUUGGUGGGAGGAGUAGCAGCAGCACAGUUAGACCUAAGAGUCGGGGCUCCGACUCUGAGGAGCCUGCAGUGUAUCUUAGAGGGGUGGACAGACAAUAUGCCACGGAGUGGUUUGAUGAGGAAGCCGCUAGUCAUGGCAAUGAUGGUCUGAAAGUAUGGGUGGACCGAGCUGUUCUCUCAACACACGAGCUCCGUGGAAAAGAGUAUGUGACUGUGUCUAUUGUACAGCCGGCAGGCUUGCAAGCUCCUGUCGAUCCGCAGCAACAGUUGCAGCAAAAGGAACAAGAAGCUGGAGAAGCUGGACGGCCAUCUACUAAGGUCGUGGCUCAAAUAUUGCCUUGGGAUGAUGCACCUGACACUAAGCACGUCGGUCUCUCAUCGGUUCUCUGUCAGUCCUUGAAUUGCUCAGGGAUAAUGGGAGGUAUCGUCCGCGUUGAAGCCGCACCUACCCAGCUAAAUCAUUCCUCUGUUCAGGGGGUCAAAAUAUAUCCUUUUAUAUCCGACGUUGGCAGAAAAAGAGAUGGUCUUAAAUUCGGUGGAGAAACUGCAGCAUCCCGAAGUGCUUUGUCUGAACGGAUUAAAUUUACCUUUGGAAGCCCUGGAUCAGACACCGGUCUUAUGUCCGGCCCUCUUACAGAUGGAAUGCUACUUCCGGCGGUAGAUAAUCAAUUCUCUGCUGGAGGGUUUGACGGUGGUAUUUUGCGUUUUCACCCACCUUUGAAAAGUCCAGAGUCUGCGGCUUUGUCUGGGUGGGUAUUGGGUUCAGAAAAGAAACUAAGUGUUGAUGUCCAGGCGGAUAUACCAAGACCGGUAGAUUCUACAAUUUCACAUACCCCUUCAGAUGAACAGAUACCUGCGUCACCACCAAACAUGGUUGGUAUUGAUUCACUUAUUGACCAAAGCAUGACAAACCUCUCGCGAGCCUCGUCAAUUUUGCUUACCGGGGGUCUCGGGUCUGGCAAGACCUCGCUAUGCCAUUUGCUAGCGAGUCGGCUACGAGAAGAACAUCUUUGUAACGUGUCUUACUUUCCCUGUCGGAAGCUGGUCACGGACGAGACUCGCGUCUCGACUAUCAAGGAGACACUGAAUCGACAAUUUAUGUCUGCAGCUUGGUCUGCUCGCCUUGGUGGAAGAGCUUUAGUGAUAUUGGACGACUUGGACAAACUCUGUCCCGUGGAGACGGAGCUCCAAGUGGGCGGAGAAAAUGGCCGUAGUCGCCAGGUCAGUGAGAUUAUAUGCUCUAUCGUCCGUCAGCACUGUACAACGACAUCUUCUGUGGUGUUCUUGGCCACGGCCCAAUCAAAGGAAUCUCUAAACAAUAUCAUUGUUGGCGGUCACGUUGUCCGAGAAAUUCUGAGCUUAAAGGCGCCGAAUAAGGAAGGCCGGCGGAAAGUGUUGGAAAAACUUACGAGUCGAGACAAAGAUGACAAAGUGCUCAAAACCAGCCAUCAUCGUAAUGAAAGCGGCUCAACCCAGGACUCUUGGCUGGAUCCCUCAAACCCUGGGAGCCGUCCUGGUUCUUCUGGGGCAGACGGCUUUGCUCUCGCACGAGACCUAGAUCUGCUAGAUCUGGCAGGAAAGACAGAUGGCUAUAUGCCGGGAGAUCUCACUCUAUUAGUGUCUCGAGCGAGGAAUGAAGCUCUGAUUCGAUCGGUGCAGGAUACGAGUACAGAGACGACAAAAAUAUCGCUGACAAUGAACGAUUUCGAAAGUGCAUUGAAAGGGUUUACGCCUGCAUCGCUUCGAAACGUGACGCUGACAUCCUCGUCCACUACAUUCUCGUCGAUCGGUGGACUACAUAACACCCGUCAGACUCUUUUAGAAACAUUGCAAUAUCCCACAAAAUAUGCGCCCAUUUUUUCGCAAUGUCCUCUCCGUUUACGAUCAGGAUUGUUGUUGUACGGGUUUCCCGGUUGCGGCAAGACAAUGCUUGCUAGUGCGGUGGCCGGUGAAUGCGGAUUAAAUUUUAUCAGUGUCAAGGGGCCUGAAAUUCUGAACAAGUAUAUCGGAGCAAGCGAGAAGAGCGUUCGUGAUCUUUUCGAGCGUGCUGAGGCAGCACGACCAUGUAUUUUAUUUUUUGAUGAGUUUGACAGCAUUGCCCCAAAGCGUGGCCAUGACUCAACUGGCGUCACUGAUCGAGUGGUCAACCAGUUGUUGACCCAAAUGGACGGUGCAGAGGGACUUUCAGGGGUGUAUGUGUUGGCGGCAACAUCAAGACCCGACUUGAUAGACCCAGCUUUACUCCGCCCUGGGCGUCUUGACAAGAGUCUUUUGUGCGAUAUGCCGUCGCAUGAUGAUCGCGUUGAUAUCAUUCGAGCCGUAAGUCAGAAACUCCAGCUGAGCGCAGAGGUCGCGUCUCGAAUAAAUGAGAUCGCUUCUCGCACAGAAGGAUAUUCUGGAGCAGACAUCCAAGCAGUUGUCUACAAUGCGCAUCUCGAGGCGAUCCACGAUCUUCUAGGUGAUCGCUCAACGUCGACAUCGGUGUCGACUAGUAAGAAGACCAUCAACGGCACACAUGUCAACGGGACAGAUACAUCGAGCAAAUCAUUCAUACAGUUUCUGUAUUCUGAACAAGAAACUAACGAGUCCAAUGCCACGGUCAGCACCAAACUCGACCCCCCGGCUGUCGUCGCCGCGAAGCUAGGUGCGUUGAAACAAGCUCGACGCCGUCAACGACAGGCCGAGCACGGCACUGUCGAGGAGCAGAAUCAUCAUCAGGCACAAGCCAACGGCACAGUGGCAGAUGAAGCCCGCGACGAAGUUAUAAUUGACUGGCAACACAUUGAGCGAUCGUUGUCAACGACUCGCUCUUCUCUUAGUGAUCGGGAGCGCGGCCGCUUAGAAGCUAUCUAUCGGGAAUUUGUGGUUGGGCGCAAUGGAGAGAUGCCUAACGGCGAGGGAGCAAGGGAAGUCGGUGGGAGGACGAGCUUGAUGUGA